UGCAGCAACGUUGGACGCUUGUCUGGAGGUUGUUACUUUUGUCUCCAGCUUUUCCAUGUAAAGAGCGGACUACUCCCGAUUCGCCUCUUUGUCUACUAAACAUGAUCCUCCGUUCAGGGAGGUCGCCACUCGCCAUGCUGUAUGCCAUCACUGUAUGGUGAACAAACGAAGGGAGUGCAACGCAUCUGACUGCUGCGUCUCAUCGACAUUGUUUCAAUCGAUCAGAAAUGGACGUAGACAAGGAAGUACAGCGACUAGAGAGCCUCAGCAAAGACUCGCAAGCUAACAUGAGUGAAAUAAUCAGAAUCUAUUAUUGCAUUGCAAAAGAUGCAAGUUCCACUGCGUCCAGCGCUGUGCCCAUCCUGAACAAAUUAGCCGUUCACUUGCUGUCUCCCGCAGUAACCAGCAUUUUGAAAAAACACCGAUUGGACGCCUUUAGUUAUAUACUAGUCGCCAACAACUUGCUGGACCUAGAUGAUGUCAAAGAUGACUUGGAAAACGGAGACGUAUUGAUGACUAACGCUCCAGCUAACGCCAUCAGGAAGCUCAAAGAAAAGCUCGGCGUCACGUCAGCAGUCGCAAUACCAACGGCCGCACCCGCCACACAAACGGUCGCACAGGCAUUAUUAGCCACGUUAGACGAACUGCAAAUAACGAUGCGCAGUAGCAGUUCUAUGGAUCAAGCUGCAUCACACAGUGACGAGAACAGGGUAGCGGCGGAAAUAAAAAACCAAUGCAAAGAUAUGAAAAAUUUGAAUGGCAUGAUUUUGUACAAGUUACCAUUGAAAGCAACAUCACCUUUCUCGGGAGCAGCUUCCAUCGUCCGGCGGUUCUCCUUCGGUGAGCCAAGCGCUUCAGCGAACAAAACAUGCAAAACUAUUCUUCUGAUGGGCGCCACCGGUUCAGGCAAGACCACCAUGAUCAACGCUAUGAUCAACUACGUACUGGGUGUUCGAUGGGACGAUCCCUUUCGUUUCAUACUUGUCGAAGAAAAGGAGACAUCUCAAGCGUUUAGCCAAACCAGAGAGGUGACGGCGUACGACAUCCAUUACAGAAAUGGUUUCCGCGUUCCUUAUUCUCUGACAAUUGUCGACACUCCGGGAUUCGGAGAUACUGAAGGAAUCGAGCGCGAUCAAGAAAUCACUUCGGCCGUCAAGCAAUUUUUUGAAAACAGAGAUGGCAUUCAAGAAUUAGACGCUGUUGGUUUUACCGUACAAUCUUCACUGCCUCGCCUCACGAGCUCUCAGACGUACAUCUUCAAUUCUGUGUUGUCCAUUUUCGGCAAAGAUAUUGGGGAAAAUGUUCGCUUCCUGGUCACUUUCGCUGAUGGAGGGCGACCUUCAGUCUUAACAGCUAUUAAGGAGGCUAAGCUUCCUUGCCUAAUGGAUGCCAACAAGGAUCCCUGUUACCAGAGUUUCAAUAACCGUGCGGUUUUCGUCUCGAAUCAAACACCAGAUGAUCGCUUGUCUCCUAUGGAAUGGGACAACGCAAUGCAAAAUUUUCAUUCCUUUUUUGCCGAGUUGUCCAAAAUGCCGAUCAAAUCGCUCCAACUCACCAAAGAAGUACUGAACAGCCGUGAAAGUCUACACAUCACUAUUCAAGGUCUAGAAGAGACCAUCCAGGCGCACUUGAUGAAGAUGGAAGAGCUGCGGAAGAUAGAGGAGAUCAUCGCCUUGCACAAAGACCAAGUUAACGCUAAUAAGAACUUUGAUAUCACGGUGAAAGUACCCAAGAAGAAGCGAAUUGAGGUCGAUACUAACCAGACAGCACUGAAUUGCUCAAAGUGCGAAGUAACGUGCCAUUAUCCUUGCAAUCCGAAUUUGUGGAUGGGUUUUUGCCCUGUAUUCUGGCGAUCAGAAGAAAUCUUCCAUACUAUGAGCGAUAUGACCAUAUUGAUCAAUGACUUAAUUAACUUGUUCAACCAAAGAAAUACUAUUAUGGCUGCGGUAGGUACCGCAACAGCGGUAAGUACCGAUACAUCUCUCUUGGUCCGCAACAUCUUUACUGGUCGCGCGUGCAAGGUCUGCCCGGGAAAGUGCGCAACUACAGACCACGCAAACGAAGUCACUAAGUGGAUGAACUUUCAAGAAGAAGAGACUCGCCCUCUCUAUGACAUUCGCAAAAAGUACGACGACGCAAUGGAAAAGACGCUUAGUGCGGAAGAACUGAAGAAUGCCUUGCAAGGAGAGGUGGUGCAACUGAAAUUCGAAAUCAUUAAAGCGAUGGAUGAGAUCACUCGCUGCUCAAAUCUUUUAAAGGAGAUGGCACUGCGAGGUGAUCCCCUCUCCACUCCCGAAUAUAUUAACUUGAUGAUUGAAAACGAAAACAAGGAAAAAAAACCUGGUUACUUGGAAAGGAUUAAAUGUUUUGAAGACCUGUUGAGAAAGGCUGAACUUACGAAAGACGUUACCGACGGCGGUGAUUUAGUCAAGAAGUUCAAAAAGUAAGACUGACAUACAGACCUUGCAAGAAAUACUAAAGCAAAGAGGAUUUCUUUUGUUAUUAAGCCAAUGUGAGAAAUUUGAGUUAUCACAGCAAAUUGGCUUUGAAGUGCGCUUGCUAAAUUUCUAAAACUUAUUGCUUUCCGCCUUUCUUUUUAAUGUUUUUUUGAAUUGUGAGUGGGCAGUGUGGGUGUUAAAUGUAGAGCUGAAUAAAUUCAUCGAUGGCUUCUAGUGUGAUUGCUAAAUACUCGUUUAUCUUUUCCAUUUCUUAAAAAAUAUCAAGUGUGAUACGGAUUAUGAAAAGGCUUGUUGAAAUUCGAACUGUGAAAUAGGUUUAGAAGGAUGUGAUGUCAUUGUAAUACAUUGCACCUGAUUGGGAUUUGGAAAUCGGGUUUUUCAAUUACACCGUAAUAAGAGCAGUCGACUAAGAAAUCGCCAAAUAAACUGACCUACUAUUCUCGAAA